AUGAGCGAUAAUUUUUUUAAUGUAAAAGAAUUGAAGAUUUCUUUCGAUAUUUAUAGAAAUUCCAUACCUAAAAAUAAAGAAUAUCACGCCAGAAUAUUGGAGGAUGUAAUGUUUCGGGAAACUAGUUUUGCCCAAUUUGAUCUACAAGUAUUUCCACAUCGAAAAAUUUUCUGUCCUCAAGUGGAGCGUCAAAUAAGAGAACCAGUUAAGAAGAAACUCAUCAGGGAAGGGCACUCAGAAAAAUAUGAAGGUAAACCAAGAACUAAGCGAGGAAAAGCAAGCCAUCGGUCUCCGGGAACAACAAAUCCAACGAUAUCUAAUAAUUAUUCUGAAGUAGAAUCUAAUAUUCCACCUUCUAGAAAUCGAAUACGUACAAACUAUAUCCUUCCGGAAGAAACUGGUGAUCAUAAAUGUUCAAAAAAACCUUGUCUAAGGGAGUUGAAUCAGAAACGAAAUUUGCAAAGUAUUACCGAAGAAAAAAAUAGCGAAGAAAAAAAAGAUUAUAAUGAAUAUGAUAACUCAACCAAUGGUGGGGCGGGCGUUGUUCCCAUGGAAACAUAG